AUAUGUUUUGUUGUUGGGUUACUUCUCAUUCCUUGUUUAGCACUUCUGUCAUUACCGCUUUUACUUGUCACUCUCCUUUCUCAAUUCCCGCUAACCGGAAAAUAAGCUACAUGGACGCCGGCGGCUUAGAUUCCGAUGGCCGGAAAUACAAGAGCGCCGACGAGAUGUGGAGGGAACAGGCGGGUGACCCUAACAAGAAGACCGAGUGGUACCAUCAUGGCGUCACCUACUGGGAGGGUGUUAAGGCAACUGCGGAUGGGGUAUUGGGAGGGUAUGCAAAUGUGGAUGAACUUGAUAUAAGUUGCAGUGAGGAUUUCUUGAAGAUUCUCUUAUCUGAACGUUUUGAAGCUGAUGUCAGAAGCCAACCACUUGUUGCUCUUGAUUGUGGUUCUGGCAUUGGCAGAGUCACCAAAAAUCUGUUGAUACGAUACUUCAAUGAGGUUGAUCUUCUUGAGCCAGUAUCACAUUUCUUAGAGACUGCACGUGAAACUUUGGCUCCUGGACAUUAUACAAAUUCGGAUAUGCACAAAGCAGUUAAUUUUUAUUGUGUGCCUCUUCAGGAUUUUACACCAGAUACUGGAAGAUAUGAUGUAAUAUGGAUCCAAUGGUGUAUUGGUCAUCUCACAGAUGACGAUUUUGUUUCAUUUUUCAAGAGAGCAAAGGUUGGCCUCAAACCAGGUGGAUUGUUUGUCCUCAAAGAGAAUAUUGCCAGAUCUGGAUUUGUGCUUGAUAAUGAAGACCGAAGCAUUACAAGAUCUGAUUUAUACUUCAAAGAACUCUUUUCUCGCUGUGGAUUGCAUGUUUACAAGUUGAAGGAUCAGAAAGGGUUCCCUGAGGAAUUGUUUGCUGUGAAGAUAUAUGCAUUGACCACCGAUGCUCCAAAGAAGGUUCACCGCACUAGAUCUAAAACACAAGCUAAUAGACCUAGAAUCAUCAAAUGAUCAGUUUGUCUUGUAGUAUUGAAUAUUCAUCGGAAACCCUUCUUUUUUCUUUUUUUCGUAUGGGAGAUCCAUGUUUUAUUGUAAUCUUAUUGUAGGUAUUAAUUUGUUAAUGUAAGUCAUCUUUUCAUUAAGCCGUUCAUCGGCUUGUUUGUGAAAUGCAAUCUUUGUUAUCUCUAAUAUCGA